CCGCACCGUCCGACGCGGAUGCAGUUACGGGAGCGCAGCGCGACCCAAUGCAACUCGACGAACGUCGCAUAUCCGGAGCCGGAUCAAACGUCGAGGCCUGGGCAAGUGGUGCGUGUGCGUGUGUCGCUUCAUCUCCCUCUCGCCUGUGCGCCCGUGAAACACGCGAGAGAGAAACCAAGGGGGAGUGACGGGGAAAAGACGGAUGCGAGAAGUAAAGCCGAAAAGAAACGAACGAAGAAAAUGAGAAACGGUGUUUCCCUCGGCGGUGCGUAAGCGCGUCUUCGAGAAAAUAAAAAGAAAACGGAAGGCGAACGAGCAGGAAGGAAGAAGGAAAGAAAAUAAAGGGAGAAGAAAACGGUGAGAGAAGAGCGACGGAGAGAGAGAAGAAACCUGGUGAAAUAACAUUGUCGAACUCGUGCAACAAAUACAUUAAGCAAUCUCGUUGUUGUUUCGCUCCUCGGAUCGAGACGAACCGCAGUUGUCGUCGUCGUCGCUGCUGCUGCUACCGCUGCUGCUGCUGUUGCUGUUGUUGUUGUGCACGCGCGCCGUGAUUCCGCGCUUCGUACUCACGCCCUCGCUGCAUAAACUUCUCGUUUUCCGCUCCGUUCUUGCGGCCAAGGCGUACCGCUACGAGCAAGAAAACUACUCGGUUUCGAGAGAGGAACCAUCGUCGGCGAGUAGAACAAUCGACGGAUCGUACAUAUCGCGAACGAUCGGAGAAAUAAAAACGGAGCCGGACGGUAGAGACGGAAAAGCAGUGGGAGAAAGAAAUAAGAAGAUAAAGGUGGAACGAGCGAGUAGCGAAGGAAGAACUGGCCGGUGUUAGGAUCGUCGUUGGUGGCAGUGAUCGUAGGAACGGUGGCAAAACGCAGAUCCGUCGGUGAAAUUCGCGCGCGCCUCCAAUUUCCUGUGGCUCGGAUUGCCGAAUCGAAUUCGUGGCGGAGGGAACGGAAGACGGAAGACGGGAAAGGAAAACGGUAAAAGAGCAAAGGGUAAAAGGAAAAACGAAGGAGAGGGAGAAAGAGGAGAGUACCAGCGACGCUGUCGAGGAUCGGAAGGAUCGAACGGAGGAGAGCAACAGGCUCCUAGCGUGGAAGGAAGACGGUGGAGGGGAGGCGGUACAACUGGAGAGUUCGGUGCAACCGUCGAUUCCAUUUCGUUAGUUCGCGCUCGGUCUCCUUUUUCGUACGCGUGUCAGUCUACGAGCGGAGCUACGUUUCUCGUUGGAGACCUUGUCGGUUCGCGGCCGUCGAUCGUUUCGCGGUCGCGCCUGUGUUACGUUCUUUGUCUCGUUUCUGUUUCUCGGUGCGUGAAAGUAUAAAACGACGCCGGAAAGAGAGGAAGAAGCACAGAGAGAGGAAAGAGGAAGAAGAAAAGGAAGAUCGCGAUUUAAUUCGAAGGAAAAUGUCAAGGAAGAUGCGCGACGAGCGCGGCUACCGGCUCGACGCGAGAGUGGCGAGCCGCUACCAACCAUUCUGAGGACCGAGCGCAUCGCCGAUCGUCACGCGAGAAGGAAGUGCAACCCGUGAUUCUUCCUGUCGUGAGAGUAACGUUCGAUCGAGUAGCGGUUUCCUCGAAAGGAGGCCGGACGAGAGGAUCGGAGGGGUGAGCGUGAACGGCGAAAUCGGUUGAAGCGAAAGAAAGCCGAAAGAGGAAGUAAAAGGCAGGACUUGCCGGCGGCGACAGACUGCACUCUCGCACCGUUCAGGGCGCAAGCGUGCACGUAUGUUGUGCGUUUCCGUGCCCUAACCCUGUCUCAACACGAGAGAGUAGUCGUUUCUCGGCGUUCUCAUCCCUACUCCAGCAACAUCGCCGCCGUUGCCGCCACCGUUAUCGCCACCGCCACCGCCGCCGUUACCGCUACCGCUACCGCCACCGCCACCGUCACCGACGCUGCUAUCGGCUCACCAUCCCUCCAACGUUUGCAAAGAAGCACCGCCAUAGCCGACGUAACGACGACGACGACGACGACGACGACGACAACGACGAACACCAACAACAACACGAGGACGACGACGACGACGACGACAACGACGACGGCGACAAAGAAGUAUAGAAGGAGAAGGAAGACGAAGACAGGAACGUUGACGAAAAUCGCCACCGCCAACGCUAAAUUGACCAUCGGGCUUCCAUCAUCGGCCCUCGAACAUUUUGCCCGGUCUCGGUGCACGUUACGCCACGCGUGACGUCGUAUCCAGCGUGCACGUUAGAGCGGCAGUGUGCACUACCUUCUCCCCUCGUAUCCUGCUCGCGCACGCCUUAAGUCGACGGCGCGCGUCCAACGACGAAGAAACAUUGGACGAACUACGACGAACGGAAUCGAAAGGAGCAGCGGAUCGAGAAAGUCGAUCGAUCGAACGUUGAGACAGGAGCAAGGGAAACAGAAGGAAGAGCAGGAGGUGGAGGAGGACGAGGACGAGGACGGGAACGACAACGGCGACGACGACGACAACGACGACGAGGACGUGGACGGAGGACGGCCGGUGGCGUGGGGGGUGGACAUCCACGCGGGAACUCGAGGCAGGCGCACCCGGCCGGCACGCACACACAUUCAUUCUAAGAUGUGAUUUCAAAAAUGGCGGAUUGCCCCUAUGCCCGUUGCAUACAGGAACGCAGACACAUCCGACGGGAGCUGCUGCGAUGGACAAAGAAUAUGGUCUUCGUAGUCGUUACGAUGGUGUCGCAGGUCUGGAACGGGUAGCGGAGGAGUUGAUGGGCCGUAGGAGAUGGAAGCAAUAUCAGGACACCCUGUACAGCGGUACUCGCAGCAGCGAAUCAGUGACGGCACAGCCCCACCACCGGCUCUACCCGGCGUUCUCGUCGUCCUGCGACCCGGUGGUGCCCGGGAAUUUGGAACAAAUUGGGUCGCGUCCGCUUCAUCCUGCGUCCUCCUCGUUACCUACAACGAUAACGACGACAACGACGGUGCCACCGGUGAUAACGACGACGACAGCGGCAACGACGGCGACGACAACGGGCCCGAUCAAGCAGGAGAGCCUGCAAAGGCAUCACCUGCAGAACCACCAUCACCUACAGCCCUCCGCCGUUCAAGAUCACCACCGUCACUAUCAGCAGCAACAACAGCAACAGCAGCAACGACAACAACGGCAACAAGAAGACCGUCGCCUAAGGCCAGACGAGAUCAAAGUCGAGGUCGGCGAGGACGAGUUCGCGAACGGUGUCGCCCGAGAGGAAUCGGCUACGAAGACCGCGGAUACGUCGACGACGACCACGGUAACGACGGGCACGACGACCACGUCGACGACGACAACGGGAACGAGCAUACUUGCCACCAGUACCGCAACCGGCACGAUCGCGACGAUCACCACGCCGAACACCACCGCUGUUAUGACCACGGGAACCACGACGAUCGCGACGAGGCGGCGACGCAAACGCCGGCAGAACGACGGAGAGGCCACCGACGACAGAGAGGACGACGAAGAGAACGAGGAAGAGGAGGAUGGAAGGGGGCAGGCCGAAGCGGAAAAACGGCUGAAGCUCGACGAAGACGCCGACAGGCCCGUCAGUCCUCUGAGAAGGGAGAACGAUCGAGGAUCUCGGGAUUAUCCGACUGCCAACGCUACAGAUACGGAAGGGACCAAGGAACGAACGGAAGAAGUCGCGUUGGAGCGGACACCGGUGACGCAGGGUUCAUUGAGAGUGAAAACGGAGGAGGAGUUGCAAGGAGUGCCGAGUUCUGGAGGCGGUCCAACGAUAUUGACGACACCGACGCCGGAUUCGGAUGCGAUCAGGUCAGGGUUGCCGUGCCGGGAGGUUGAAGCAGCCGCUAGAAACGCGGUACCGCCGUUUCUUAUUGGAAGCCGACGCACCAGCCCACCGCCAGAAGACUGGAAGCCGCUAGACAAAUGUUACUUUUGCCUGGACGGCAAGCUACCGCACGAUGAUCAACCACCUCUCAGUCCGCAGAGCGACAGUAGCAGCAGCUCGCGAUCGGCCGAGUCACCGAUGUCGGUCCAGGUGGACCCGAUGGCGGCGUCCGUGGUCGCCGCGGCUCUCACCGGUACCUACCCUACCUUACUGCCUCAGUGGUGUCUGCCACCAAGGGAGGCGCCUCUCGUUGGGGUGCAGCCUCAUCAGGACAGUGCAACGCCAGCCGAUCAACCUCUCGACCUCUCGGCCAAACCGAAAAAUUCUCAGGAUAACAACAUAUCUCUAUUGGAACAACAGAAAAUACCUCUGAGGAUGACAGCAGGUAUCGACCCCAAGAGUAUCUUCAAUUCUUGUUAUCGUGCAAAACCACGUAUGACCGGGCCAGUGGCGGCCGUGGCGGCGGCAGCAGCAGCUGCGGCAGGCGUCGGUGGUGUCCCCGUGGUGGGUGCCGGGGGUGGCCGGAGGGCCUACACCGAGGAGGAACUGCAAGCCGCGCUCAGGGAUAUCCAGAGUGGCAAGCUCGGCACACGAAGGGCGGCCGUGAUCUACGGGAUACCGCGUAGCACCCUGCGCAACAAGGUCUACAAGCUUGCGAUGGAACGCGAAAGGGACGCGUCCCUGUCUAGCACCCACUCACACCCUCACGAGCCCGGCGCCCCAGCCACCACCACCACCACCAUCACCACCACCACCACCACUACUACUACUACUACAACUACAACACCACCAAAUACGACCCAAAACGCCUCCGCGACCACUCCGCCCCCGCAAGUGGAUGAGGUGGACGACAAAGAACUGUCCGGAGCGGAAGAGGAGAAAGAAGUGGAGAAAGCUCUGUUGAAGCCACUGUUGUCUUUGGAAGACCUUGUCAGGUUUUCCGCCCUCGAAGGAAGCGGCGGUGAUUCCCUCAGAACGUUGCUACAACGAGGACACGAGACGGGAGCCGAGUGGCCAGGGCUCGAACACGCCAACAUCGGCCCGUAUAUUCAAAAGAUGCUUGCAGCAGCUGCGCCAUUUAAAGGCAUGGAGACGCAAGACUAUCGCAUUCCAGAGGUGAUGAGAAGGCUGAUGAGCGAAGACAAGAGGCUAAACAAAAGCGUAAACGGGGACCAGUCGCAGCCAUCGCAUCAGCAGCUCCAUCACCAUCAACCGCACUCGACGCACCCGCAAGCCCAGGCACAGUCGCAGACGCAGCAGCAGCAGCAACGUGGCCCGAUGACGAACGACGACUUCAACCCAAACAUCGAGGAAGAGGCGAGCGACAGUGCUCAAGGCAGAGCGAUCCUCAAGAUUCCGUCCUACAAGCCCGCGAGCACGCCUGGAUGUUCGAGCAAGAACGGCGAGCCAACGUCGGCCGCAUUCGCGCAAGGAUUCGCGGCUGCGACAGCAGCCUCGAGUCCGGGUCUCCUGGAACGAGCGAGUCCAGCGUUCUCCGGCACCAGUAGCCCAACCAACUCGUUGGUGGGGAAAACGGUAGCCGUGAAUUUCCGCGACGUGAUCGCGAAAAGCAUCAGCGUCAAAUUCCAAGAGGGUCAAACGGUCGCGACAGCCGGAAUGCCCGGAUGUCAACCGGCCGGAGUGGUACAGUCGCAGCAAGCGAUAAUGACGGAUCCAAGUCCGUUCAAAAGAGGCAGAUACACUCCGCCUCAGCCGGCGUCGCAGCAAGCCCAGUCGCAGGCGAAACCGCAGGCCCAAGAAGCGAACAAACCGAAACCAGCUACCGGUGGCAAAGGAACCAGACCGAAACGCGGAAAGUAUAGGAACUACGACAGGGAUAGCCUGGUGGAGGCUGUGCGCGCGGUUCAGCGGGGUGAAAUGAGCGUGCAUCGUGCAGGCAGCUAUUACGGAGUACCGCACUCCACCCUCGAGUACAAAGUUAAGGAACGGCACCUGAUGAGGCCAAGGAAGAGGGACCAGAAGCAGUCGGACGAUAAAACGAAAGAGACCUCAGCCGUGGCAGCGGCGGCAGCAGCCGCGAACAUACGACCAGGUACGGCGGACAAGAAACCACAAUUAAAGCCACAGAAACCGUUCACGUCACCGGGCGGUAUCCCAGGACCCAACGGGAUCAAGAUGCCGCCGUUCAUAGAAGGCAUGCCUCAUUUGCCAUUCACACCGUUCAAUUUCUGGAGUCCGCCGCCGUUCAUGCCAUCGCCGUUCAUGGCAGGAGCGCCGAACGUUCCAACGAUCCUACCGGAACAGUACUUCGCGACGAGUAGGAUCCGCGGUCUUCAGGAACAACAAAGAAACGCGGCCAUGGUGCAGCAACAACAACAACACCAACAACGAGACAGGGACGGGAUAGGCGUCGCUGCUGGCACCGCUGAAUCACCUGGAACCUCGAAUUCUCGUAGCACGCCGAUGAGCAAAGCACCACGGGAAGUGUCCGAGAGCUUGUACGAUGGUUCGGGAGCGAACGGCAGUUUCUUGGACAAUUUGAUCAGGUCGAGCCUCGAGACGGGAAUUCCAAGGGACCAGAGGGCAAUGACCGACGCGAGGAACCAGCAGCAGUCGUCCUCGCAGCAACAACUCCCGGAAUCGAUGAGGGGCAAAACGUUGAUCGAUCAACUGUGCAGAAACUCGAGGAGAACGCCGGUGUCGAGGCUGGCUCAGGAUAGCAGCGAGGACGAGAGCUACAGGGGACCAUCGACAACCGGUAGGCCGAUCCCGGAAAGACCGGAACGCGUGCCCACCGUCGACCUUAGCCCGUCACCGUCGGAACGUGGCCGGAACGACGACGGCAGCGAUCGACUCACGUCACCGCCGACACCUCUCUCGAUCUCAAGGGCCGGAAGCAGAGACGAGGACAGUACCCGGGACUCGAGGAUCGAUCGUAGCAGCAGGGAACGGGAGGUUCACAACGGCGGACAGGAAGACCGCGAUAGAAAGACUCUGACCAUUCAGCAGCCGCAACAGCAGCAGCAGCUGAAUCACUACCCGGACUUACACAAUCUCUACGCCGUAUCAACUGAGAAAAAAAGUGCCUGUGAUAGUAAGCUUAUAGUAGAUCAUUCGAGCCAGAAGACUCAACAGCAGCAGCAGCAGCAGCAGCAACCGCAGCAACAACAACAGCAGCAGCCACAACAGCAGCAAAAGGAAUACGAUGCGGUGAGCGGACUGGUUGUGCAACUGCAGCGGGGCUACAACAUCGGGAACAACAGGUCCGGCGAGCAGACCAACAGCCAGCAAACGACGGAGCAACGUGGAUCCGUUAUCAGCAUGGAAGACUCCGUUGAGCAGUAGGAAAAGAAAGUCGGUAUCGUUGAUCAGUAAAGUAUACAAGUAACGAAUAAUAUACGGUGAACGAUCCGUGUAGACGGUAAGAGUCCACAUUCCCGCCCAAUGCACCGGCAUUUUACACACCACGUUGCCACGGUCGGGGAUCCUCGGCCUCCGCUUUCUCUCUCUCUCUCUCUCUCUCUCUCUCUCUGUCUCUCUCUUUCUCCCUCUGUUUCGGUUCAAGCAUGUACACCAACGUGUACUCGAUAAUUGUCACUGUUGUGUCUCGCGAUUGGCCUCGACACCAUCGGCCAGAACCGACAAAGAACCGGAAAUUCGUGCACGACUUCGUCGCGCGUCGACUAUGAAAGCGAACGCGCGACCGUUUCCGAGGAGAAGGGCGUGAAAGCCGAGCACCUCCUCCGUUGGUGUGUGUGUGUGCGUGUAUAGGACGAGGGACGUUUCGAAGAAAACGCGAAACGUGGCACGAAACGGUAGUAGUCCCGAGCCUGACCCUGCCCUUUCCACCCGGAAGCCCCUUGAACGUCGCGAGGCAAUAGAGGAAACAGAAAAAAAGACGGAAAAGCGAGUAACGAAAAAAAAAAAAAAAAGACAGGGAAAACACAGAAAUGCGUAAAUGCUACCCAACCACCCGUGAACCCACUGCGAUUCCAUCAGUUACAUGUAUCCGGCGCUCGAUCUCCGUCCAGCUGACGGUAGGUCGUACCGGUAGUACAUUUUUGACUAUGGCGAUAUUUCGAUUGGAGGAGAAGGCAAGAAACGGAUACAAGACACGAUGCAACGUUAUUGUACCGAAUGCAUACACACGAUACACACACAUGGCCAUCCACAGAGACACGCAGAUAGACGUACUCAUUCGCUCGGUGAUACACUUAUUUUCACACGUAUAUGGACGCCUCUGACACCGUCGGGUAAGCAAGAAUGCGCGUAUACGGUAUUACCGUAUGCCGAUCUAUGCAACGGCCCGGCGUUAAAAUACAAAACGGGGAACAGACGAAGCAGCACGUGAAACAGUCCGCGCGUGCACGCGUCCGUAGAGAAGAUACGCGUUGGGUAGGAGCGCGCGAUGAAAAUUCUGCAGGGUUGUCCGGUCGACAACGCGCGCGGAUACGUUGGCCGAUGAUAGACAUUUUGAACGCGCGAACGCGACGAGAAGACGAACAAAAAAUGAAGAAAUAAGAAUAAUUGCCGACGCAACAACGUAUUUUUUCCUCUAUCGAUGUAAAACUACCUAAUGCAAGAAAAAAAAAAAACUUAUUACCUACUACUAACAUUACUUAACUCGUAAGGAGCAACAUAAUUAUAUAAGGAAUGAUAUAUUAUAUAUUAUAUAUAUAUACAUAUAUUUUUGGUCAUUACGAACGUAUGCGAAACGAGAACGAGCCAAGACUUUUGUUGGCGCGCGUAUAGAUGACGUUUUUUCAUAAGGCGACAAUAUUUCUCUAAUCUCGGUUAUUUCGAGGCUGGCGUUCGGUAAAAACGCGUACCCCCUCUUAAACGGGUCGCAUCGAACAAGGACGAAAGAGGGAAGCGGGAAUAAGCUGCUUAGAAAGGUACGAAACGAUUUUCAUCGACGAGGGAACGAUCGCUCUUAUCGUUGAUCGAUGCACGAAAAAGUAAAUAUUUCACGAACACGCGCGUUACGUUUCCGAAAGCGAAGAACAUUGGAAUUGUCGUUUGAAGAAGCAACGGAAAGACAGACGAAUUUAAUUCGAUUCUCUCAUCGACGACGAUCGUUUUGUUCCAUGGAACUGCGGCGAGGGGAGAUGUACGAGGAAAACGUUGAAAGAGAAAAUGGAAACGCGUAGAUGUAUAUAAGGCAUUUGGAGAAAAAGGAUUGCUAUAUGUAUAGGCGUGCGCUUGUUCUCCACUCGGUUGUUCAUUACCGAAGUGCAAAAAUUUUUCUUACGCGCGGCAACGCCACGCAUUUUGAUACGAAUUGCAAAUUUUCUAUCGCGUAGAGGAAGAGAAGCAGCUGUAAUGGCGGCGUUCGUAGAAUUUCUUCACGAGGAAAACAUCCCACUCGCUUCUGGGAGGAAUCGGUUCCCUUUCUCUUCUAGAUAGUCGAUCCGCGUGGUCGACGAUCGAAACGUACGAUAAAUCAAGCGAGUGUGACGACGUUUCGUACGAUCGGACAUUAGUUUCUUCCUGUCUGACUUUUUCUACGAACCACACGAUUGUAUCUCGAUGGUGUUUUCCUUUUAACGUCGAAGAAAAAACGUAGCAAAAUUAGAUGAAAUUCGAACGCGUCGAAAAGAUCGGUCAUCGUUAUUUCUAAUAAGGGAAUUCAGAGAUUUCCAUUUCAAGAAACACGUUCCGAUGUUCGUUGAUACUCUUUCCGGACGUUGAACGACUUUUCGAAGCUUCUUAUCGGCCAUUAAUAGUGGCAUUGACGGUGACUAUGACGACGGCAGCUACCGUAACGAGUUCUAGAGAGCAUCAUCGUUGAGUAUCGGAGAAAGAAUUCCUCUUUCGCUUCUCUUCAACGAUGCGACUGAUCCUUAGAAAUUAAUCUCUGCAAAAUUCAUAUAACGUUUUAUCACCAUCGUCAUCGUUACGUACUUGAUCUGCGUCUUUGACGUUAACACAGCCGAUGGAAGCUUCGGAAAAUCACGUAAUUUCCGAGCAAAAAGGCCAGCGAACGUCAAAACUUCUUGGAAUGGAAAUUUCGAAAUUCUAUCACGAUCGUUUCGGUCGCGGUGAGCGACGAUACAACACGAAGAACGCCAGUCCCUCCUCUUUUGACUAAUUUUUUCGCAGGUUAUCCAUGAGCGUCGUGCGCGCGACUAUCGAGGUAUCUUCUCGUAUUUCAAAUUAGAAUUCCGUUCGACAGGAGAUCCUUGACUAUAUAGAAUGAACACGUUAAAAUAAAUACAAAAAAAGAAGAAGAAGGGAAGAAGUGGUGAUUUCGUCGUUUCGCUAGUUGUAGUAGCCGAGCAGGACGUUGGACCAAGACGAAAUCGAUGAAAGCAGGCGAAUUCGAAAGCAGAAUGACUGGUUUUAGUGAAACACGCGUAGAAAACGUUACCACGUUCGAGGAAAAUAGUGAAGUUCGGCGCGUUAAAGUACACACCGCGGGCCACGAUUUUUCCGUCUUUCUCGCGUGUCGAGGAGGAUUUCACAAGUUCUGAUUCUAAAAAAAAAAAAAAAAGGACGAGGACAGAGGAAACGAAAGGAUAAUUCACGCACUCAUCUCAUGACUCUCUUUAAGUAAAGUAACGACUGAAAGACUCUAGGCUGUACAUAAAGUAUAAGGCAUGUAUGUUCGGUGUUUUAAAAAAAGCAAAAAUUCCUUACUAACGCAAAAAAAAUUAUACCUUACGAAAAAAAAGUAAAUCGUAUAAGCAAGGCUACUCUCUCGGUGUUUUUUGGAACUAAACUUAAAAUUUAUCCACCCCUAAACUUAAAGCAAAAAAACCGUGAAUUAAGGAGGAAAACUCUAAAAGGGAAUGAAAAAAAAAGACGGGUGAAGCGCACCCACGCAGAGAAGCGCGUCGGAAAACUAUUAAAAAAAAAAAAUAACAAGUUAUUGAGUGUAAACGUUAAGGUCUCCUUAGGGUUAAAGAAUAAAAAAAAAAAUUAAUAUCGAAGCUGAACAGCAGAAAAACACAAGUGAAAAGCAAAGCACUAAUCAUGAUUGUGUGUAAACGUAAAUUAAAACCUUCCUUCUAACCCUGUAUCCACUAACACACCCCUUUUUAAUCACUCACCAGCCGACUACCCGCUUCGCGUCAAAGUGUAAAUUGUUCGGUGUGAUCUUACCUACACGAUACCUCGAAAGAAAAGAAAAACAAAAAGGAAAGGAUACCUUUUUCUAAACAUUCGCCAGGCACUACACCAACAAGAAAAAAGAAAAAAAAAAAGGAAGGGAAGGAUAUUUCUUACACUCGUUCCAACUACCGCCUUCUUUUCCUGCUUCCUCUUCCCCUUCGCCCUUUACCCUAACUCCCAUUCCUUCAUCCCUCUUGCCUUUCUAACUUUACUCUUACCCCCCCCCAAAACCCUCUAACCCCCUCCCCCGAUUCAAUCGAAUCCUCUUCACCUUUCUACCUUGCAAAAAUCCAGUUCACCGACACACCCGGGACAACAGAGACUCCCGAUAAUACCCUUUUACGAAAGAUUUAUCGUUAGAUGUGAAAAAUGGAUAUUUAUCGUGCGGAUGAUUGUAAAACGUGCGUAAAUUAUGAUUGUCGUUAAUUCAAUUACAGUUACAAAAAAGUAUACGUCGCGACGUUCUGCACGCGUUCUCUAACCAGGAGUCGAUAUCCGUCGUCGUCGAUCCACGCGCGGUUCCACGGUAGCUUCCCGCGGCUUUUACAACCGAGGGAAACGAGAGGCGCGACGCCGCAAUUAGACUUAUGUCCGCGAGAUCGACGACCUCAUCGUCGUCGGAGAUUUCCUCCGCUCGUCCAUCUCUCGAGCUUCGACGUUCGUUCAAUGGUUUCGGCAAAUGUUCUGUCGGAAAAAUGUUGCGCGCGAGACGCUGCUCUCGUUCGUUCUUUCAAACACAUUAAAAGUAAAGAAAAAAAAAAGGAAAAGAAAAGAAGAGGAAGAAGAAGAAGAAACGAAAGGAAAAGACAGGAGAGGGGUGAAAUUUUGUUGUUACUUUCGAUCCGGUGAUGCACAACGCACAAAAUGACUUCUCGAGAAUUCGCGUAGAGACGAUAAUCAAAAAUGGUAAUCGCGGAUUUGUCUCGUGGGAUCGAUCCGCGAGGUUACCGGAAGGGAGAGGGGUGGUGGAAGAGGAAAUUUCUGGUUCGACGACGACAGCCUCGACUCCUGCGCGAAUUAGACACGCGAGAGCUACGAGACUCGUCCGCGUUCGCUAAGAACGGGACGACUGAAUCGCGACAAUUGGGACGAUCGGCGCUAACGGCGUAAUUAACGAGGCUGCCGUGUAAUGAUUUCCCAGUGACACAGUCGCGUCAACGUGUCUGCCACAGCGAUUUCGAUCGACGAGACCGAGGGACGAUUGGUUCUCGGCUCGGGGAAUUCGGAACUUCUUCGUUCCGGUGUCCGAAACGAUGGACAUCGAUGAACCGAUUGCUACGAUUGACAAAACACACGUGAAAAGAGAGGAAAACAAAUUUUCUAGAAAAAUGAAAGAGAUGCUUCUCUAUUUUUGCGGGCAAAUAUUCACGUAAGAGGUAUAAAAUUGGACAACAUUCUGUGAUUUUAAACAUUAUCGGCGUACGGACAGAUUCUGUCCAUUGGUUAUCGUGUACAGCGGUUUUAGGAAAAUUGUCGCUAUCGAAAUUCGUUCUUUGAAAGAUGUAGCUAGAGAGGAGUGUUAGGGUGGAUGUAACGAGGUCGCAUAAGCUAGGGCAGAUAUCGUUGCCAACGCGACUGUAGAGAGAAGUGUCGAUUUACGUUCUUCUUUUUUUUUUCCUUUUUUUUUUCUUCGAGGGAGACGGCGGGACGAGAAUAAGAAAUCCAGUUAGCACGGAACUAAAGGAUUGUAUUAAUACACACGACGUAGCGGCAGCGUCGUGGAAUCGGCUUCUCGAAAUCGCAGGCCAGAUUUCAUCGGAUCAAACGCGGCUUUUCUUCAAAGGCAUUUCAAAAUUCGUUCUCGCGGGAGAUACGUCGGCAGAGGAAUGAUUUCGCGUUCGUAGAUUUUCCGGCCGUCUCCUUUUACGUCGCGGGCGAUACGCUGAAACGAUCCGGCGAGAGACGGAUUGGUCGAAAACGGGGAGGAAAAGAAAUCUUUAAGAAUUAAAAGAAGAUAUAUUAUAUUAAAAUAUCUGUGAUGUAAAAAGUAACAAAAUUUUGAUGUAUAUUUUUCACAAAUUAUUGUAACCAGCUAGUGUAUAUGUGUAAGAUUACGGAUAUAAAAGAAAAAAAACAAAUACUAUUGUAAUUACGGUGUGUGGAGACAAAAUGACGAGUAAGAGAGAGCGAAUUGAAAGCCAACAAACAAACAAACAAAAAGAAACCAAAAGAUGAAACAAAUACGGGAGAAGCGAGAUCGCGAGAUUACGUUUAUCCACACCGGUGGUCAGACGGGACCAAGAUGGCGGGCAUUGCUCGGAAAAUCGGGCCCAAAGAUUCUCGUUUUUUCAUCGCUUUCAUAUAUUUUCGUUGCGCGUUUUCCUUUUCAUCGCGGGCAAACGAGAACAUUCGAGUACCAACAGCGAUUUUCUUCUCGUUCCCGGAAUUACGUCGGAGGAUAAAAGUAAAAACGAGAAGGAAGAGAGAAUAAAUGAUCUUUUCGCUUGAAAUUUUAAGUCUAGACUCUCGAUCGUCAAAAUUCAAUCGUUUAUCGUAUAAUUUGUUUCUUUGUUCGUCAGCCUCGCAACAUCGAGCAACGACGAUCAUUUCGGGUGGUUAGUGUUUCUAAAAACUGGAAGAUUUGGUCCGAUUGGCCCUGAAACGGCUCAAUGUCAGCUACCUCACAGAGUAUCGUCACGUUUGGUAUGGUUUGCGUAGGGGAUGUUCGCGUGUUUCGGUUGCCGAAGUAAAAUUGGAUGGCCGUCCACUGAAAACUCUUCCUACAUUCGUUUCUUUCGUGCGUUAUAA